UCUACAAAGUCGCUGCAGUGACGGGGCUCAGCCAUCGGCAGCAUCUCUACUGUAGUACUAUUCCGAAAACCAUGGAGACUUUCUACAGCGUACCGUUUUCUGUGCUGGAAUGUCCAAAUAUAAAACUGAAGAAACCGUCAUGGCUGCACAUGCCGUCAGCUAUGACCGUGUAUGCGGUCGUUAUUGUGUCCUACUUUCUCAUCACAGGAGGUAUCAUCUAUGAUGUUAUUGUGGAACCUCCAAGUGUAGGUUCAAUGACUGAUGAACAUGGACACCAGCGACCUGUAGCCUUUUUAGCAUACAGGGUUAAUGGCCAAUACAUCAUGGAAGGACUAGCCUCCAGCUUUCUCUUCACAAUGGGAGGUCUGGGCUUCAUAAUUCUGGACCGCUCUAAUGCACCCAACAUUCCCAAACUCAACCGUUUCCUGUUGCUCUUUAUCGGUUUUGUCAGUGUCCUCCUCAGCUUCUUCAUGGCCCGAGUGUUCAUGCGCAUGAAGCUACCAGGAUACCUCAUGGGCUAAGUACACAGACACUUCAACAAAUGGGAUUCAGAUGUACCAAUGACAUUCAGUAUGUGGGGCCCAGCAGAGAUUCAACUAAAAUUGUGGAUAAAUUAAUCCUUUGAUGUAAUCAGUAAUAUGGACUGAAUGUACUGACCUUGCCAAUGAAAUAUGACCUCACACUGGCUGCGUCUCAAUAGUGUUAAAUUACUUUCUUUUCACCAGUGUUUCCCAACAAGUCAAUGUAACUCACCCUUUGGCAGACCUCUUUGACCCAGAGAAGUAGCUGUUUUACCACUGUAACGAAUCAGGAGGAAUCUUGCAUUUAAUGUUGAUUUCAUUGGGAGAAGCUAGUCACAAUUUACAGUGGGUGAAAUUGGUCUCAGACACGAAAGAACAGGAAGAAAGUUAGUUGACACUGUUGAGAUGGAGCCAUUUUUUGAAAUACAGAUUAGCACUGUGUAAAGGGGGAGGGGUUCUGAAUACGAAAAGGUCUGCCACAAAUGCAUUUUUUUGUACAAGGUUGUGAAAAUAAAUCGUCCUUUUCAGA